AUGCGCCGCGUCCCACGCUCUGCCGCGCCGUUGUUUGCUGCCACGCGACGUUGUGCCGCGACGCCGGGGGAGGCCCCCAGCAAGGGAUGCAACGAGGAGGAUGUCGUGACGCCGUGGAGUGUUACCGCCGCCGGGCCGAGGGGCGUAGACUACGGCCGCGUCCUCACGCGAUUUAGGUCGCAGCCCGUCGAUGCGCCCCUCCUGCAGCAGCUGGAGAGAGUUUGCGCCGAAAGGGCGGGACGGGCGCAGGCGACCAGCCCCGCGGAGGAGGCAGUGGGGGAGCCAAAGGCAUUACACCACUUUUUCCGCCGCGGCAUUGUCUUCUCCCACAGGGACUUUGGGGACGCCCUCGAGUGCGUGCGUGCGUCCUUCACGACGGGGGCACACCGCGCGUACUUGUACACCGGCCGUGGGCCGAGCGCGCGGUCGAUGCACAUUGGCCACGCCAUGCCGUUUCUCCUCACGCGGUACCUGCAGGAUGCGCUUGGUCUUCCGCUGGUCGUUCAGAUAGCCGACGAUGAGAAGUAUUUUUUCCGCGACAUUCCCGUCGGCGGGACGAAGGUGAGCGAAUUGGCGGUGGAAAACAUAAAGGACAUCAUCGCCUUUGGCUUCGACCCGCGCAAGACGUUUAUCUUCUGCAACACGGCGUACAUGGGGGACAUGUACCCAACCGUUGUGCGGGUGCAGCGCAUGCUGACGCUGAGUGCAGUGAAGAAUACGUUUGGCCUGAGGGACAGCGACAAUGUGGGGAAGGCGGCCUAUCCGGCGGUGCAGGCCGCGCCGUGUUUUAGCAGCGCCUUCCCACGGGUGCUGCGGCGGCCAGCCGGCGAGCCACCGCUGCAGUGCGUCGUUCCUUGCGCAAUCGAUCAGGACCCGUUUUUUCUCCUGACACGCAACGUAGCGUCGCGUAUGAAGUGCCGCGCCCCCGCACUGCUGCACACGAAGUUUCUCCCCGCGCUGAAGGGGCUGCGGUUCAAGAUGAGCAGCAGCGCGGAGGCGAACGGUGUCAUCACGCUCCACGACACGGAGCAGGAGGUGCAGCGGAAGAUGCGCAGGGCCUUUUCUGGCGGGGGUGGCACGUUGGAGGACAUGCGUGGGAACGGCGCCAACCUGCACGCAGAUGUGGCGUAUCAGUUCAUUCGGUUUUUCUGCCCCGACGACGAUCUCGUCGCGGAGGUGGCGGCGAAGUAUGGCAGGGGUGAGAUGCACAGCGUCGCGGUCAAGGACCUCGCCGCGGAUGUCGUCGUACGGCACGUCUUGUCUGAAUGGCAGGCGCGGCGGGCCAACGUCACGGAUGCGGACGUGGAAGACUUCACCGGCAUCCGCAACAUUAUGCUGUGA